AUGGCCGGCGCCGCAUCUCCAAUCGAGGAGCCAUUGCUGGUCCAUCCUAAUUGCCACCGCCGCGGUCUAUCGGAGGAAGAAGCGAGCCUGAACGAGCUGGAGAGCGUGCUGUCCGACCCGCACCUUGGGUUCAUUGACCGGAUCAGGCUGGCCACGUGGGCGGAGUCGAAGCUCCUCGUCCACCUGGCCGCGCCGGCGGUCAUCGUGUACAUGCUCAACUUUCUGAUGGGGAUGUCCACCGAAAUAUUCGCCGGCCAUCUAGGGAACCUCCAGCUCGCCGCCUCCUCCCUCGGCUUCUCCGGCAUCCAGCUCUUCGCUUAUGGCCUCUUGCUAGGAAUGGGGAGCGCGGUGGAGACACUAUGCGGGCAAGCCUACGGCGCCCAAAAAUACGCCAUGCUAGGGAUCUACCUCCAACAAUCCAUCCUCAUCCUCCUCCUCACCGCCGCCGCAAUCUCCGUGGUCUACAUCUUCUCCAAACCCAUCCUGAUAUCCCUCGGCCAGUCGCCGGAAAUCGCCUCCGCCGCCUCCCUCUUCGUCUACGGGCUCAUCCCGGAGCUCUUCGCCUGCGCGGUCAACUUCCCGGUCCAGAAGUUCCUCCAGGCCCAGUCCAUCGUGGCACCCACCGCCUACAUCUCCGCGACCGUGGUGGCGCUCCACGUGGCGCUGAGCUGGCUGGCGGUGUACGGGCUCGGGACGGGCCUGGUGGGCGCGUCGCUGGUGCUCAGCCUGUCGUGGUGGUUGGUGGCGGCGGGGCAGUUUGGGUAUAUUGUGAAGAGCGGGGAGUGUGAGGACACGUGGGGAGGGUUUCGAGGCGGCUCCGAGGUUUUUGCCGGGAUGUGGGAUUUCGCAAAGAUGUCGGCGGCGUCGGCGGUGAUGAUUUGUUUGGAGAUUUGGUAUUUUCAGGUGUUGGUGUUGAUCGCUGGGCUGCUCCCUAACCCUCAGUUGACUCUUGAUGCUCUCUCUGUCUGCUUGGCAAUAUAUGACUCCGUAUUUAUGAUCUCCAUCGGCUUCAACGCAGCCGUCAGCGUGAGAGUGAGUAACGAGCUUGGAGCCGGGAACCCCAAAUCCGCAGCGUUUUCAGUCAUAGUCUCCGCUUCAUUGUCCUGCUUCAUAUCGGUUGUUAUAGCCAUUGCUCUGUUAGCGGUCCGCGACGUCGUCAGCUAUGCUUUCACCGGCGGGGAAGAGGUGGCCGCCGCCGUUUCUGACCUCUGCCCUCUUUUAGCUCUAGCCCUCAUCAUCAAUGGGAUUCAGCCCGUGCUUUCAGGUGUGGCUGUUGGGUGUGGAUGGCAAGAAUUUGUUGCUUAUGUGAAUGUGGGGUGUUACUAUGCGGUUGGCAUUCCUGUGGGAGUAAUUCUUGGUUUCUACUACGAUCUGGGUGCCAAGGGGAUAUGGUCGGGGAUGAUUGGUGGAACGGCAUUGCAAACAAUAAUUUUGAUUUGGGUCACUGUUCGGACUGAUUGGAUAAAGGAGGUACCCAUUUCGUUUUGUGAAUAUUGA